GGUCCUUUUAUUCAAAACGACUUACAAAUUGAGAAAAAAAUCCUUCCAGUUUAUCAUAAGGAGAAUAAUCUGUGCGCGCCUCUUCCUGCUGAGAUCAGAGUUCAUCGGGCAGCGAUACGUAAAUCUGCGACUGUGAUUGGCUGAAACCCACCGGCGCUGGGAAAAGUAACGGGUAUCAUGUGACCUCAUUUGUUCGCUUCUUCCUGUUUUAACAGAGUUCUGAACAAUAAUCGAUGCUUUAUAAUAACACUAGACAUAAAAUACAUAGCGAAGAGUUAAAAAAAGAUUUAUUGUGUAGAUCCGUAAUUUCCGACUGAUCCGAGCCAGUAAGCCACGCCCCCUUUGAGACACAUAUUUUAUGCUAAUUGCCGUUCUACUCACUUCUUCCAUUUCUAUGAAUCACCGCUCAUGUUUCUAUUCAGAGUAAGAGAAGCUAAGACCAGAGAUCCGCAUGAGAGAACGUCAAAAACCAAAGGAACGUGUUGAGAACGCUUCAAAGUGACACAGCAGGUGUGUGGAGUUUGGGUCAGGAUGCGGUUCCUCUGUCCCGUCCUGAUCUCUCUGUUAUUCCUUCUGUCUGGAUUGACCGUCAUCAGCGGUUGUAACAAAGCUCUGUGUGCCAGUGACGUCAGCAAAUGUCUUCUGCAGGGUCUGUGUCAGUGCCGGCCGUCGGAGGGAAACUGUUCGUGUUGUAAGGAGUGUAUGCUGUGUUUGAGCUCUCUGUGGGAGGAGUGCUGCGACUGUGUCGGAAUGUGUAACCCCAGGAAUUACAACGACAGUCCUGCCACCUCUAAGAGCACCGUAGAGGAGCUGUACCAACCAAUCCCAUCGCUCUUUCGCGCUCUGACCGAAGGCGAAGCCCCCAUUAACAUGAUGGUGGUGUCUUUCCCCGUAGCAGAUGAACUUUCCCACCACGAGAACCUGGUGUCUUUCCUGGAGAUGCUCGAUGGCCAGAGCCACAACAUCUCACUGCCCAGCAGCAGCAGCAGCGUCCAUGAUGAUGCCUUGUGUACGGUGGUCUACUUUGAUGACUGCGUGUCCAUCCGUCAGUGUAAGCAGUACUGUGAGUCGAUGGGCGGAUCAAAGUACCGCUGGUUUCAUAACGCCUGUUGUGAGUGCAUCGGCCCUGAAUGUCUGGACUAUGGCAGUAAAGCCGUCAAAUGCAUGAACUGCCUCAUCUGAGAGCUCAAUACUGACUCUACACACUUCAUCUGGCCAUUUCUCUUCUUGUUUACAGAUCUUGUUUCUUAUUCUUGUCUUUUGGAAAAUAAGGUCAAGGGUUUUUAAUGUAAGUUAUCAAUAUUGUUUGUGAAGUAUUAAAUCAGCAAGUAGAGGUUGAUUCUCAUUCAAGUCAUAUUCCAUCUGUAUAUAGUUUCCAUUUCAUAUUUCUGGUUUGAUUAUUAAAAACUAAAGUAAAUGUUUUUCAAAUUCAUUCAGAGCGGUUUAAGGCUGUAAUUCCUGAUCUGGUAUUUUUGGUGAUUUACAAUGUUGUACAGUAUUUGAUUUGAUGAUUUGAAAUGAAAAAAGAGAUUUAAUCUGUAUUUGUAUACAUUCAUUUUAAUUCAAAGAAGUGUUUCAUUUAAAUGGUUUUUGUUUUUUUGUUUUUGUCUUUUACUACAAAUGACAACAUGGAUGCUAUUUUAACAAUCAAAGUUUAGGUUGAAGAUAUAUCUGAAUAUAAAAGGGAAAAUUCUCUUAAAGUUAUGAACAAAGUUUUUCCAGUAAUGCUAAUAGAAUGUUCAUAUAAAGUCACCUGGUCUUUAGUAAUGUUCUGAAAAAAUUGAUUUAUACAUUGUUUCACAAAACUUUUUUUGUUCUUAAAUGUUUUGGACAUUUGUGUAAUGUUUUUAAAUCCUAAUACUUGUUUCGGAAUGUUCAGGGAACAUUCGAAUGUAACAUUCCCCUUAAUGUUUGCAAAAUGACAAAAUGGAAUGUUGUAUAACAAAGAGGCAAAAUAAUUGUUUUUUUUACAUUUAAAAAAACUUGACAUUUAGAACAUUAAGAGAACAUUCAGAAGACAUUUUCAUAAAAUAUUGGGAAACAUUCUUGGAACACAUUUUGUUAACUGAGAAACUUGUAAGGUUUUCACUAUUUAAAAAAAAAACAUUUUGCAGUUUUGCAUUUCACUUUUAAAAAUAUUUGUUAAUGUUCUUCAGACACUAUUUAAAAUAUUUACCGUUUAAAAAUAGACAUGACAAAUACAUUUUUAAAACUACAUUUCAUGAAGUCUCUCAAUAUGUCACCUACCCAUUAACUAGUUCAUUUCCUGUUCAUAUGAACAGUUAUUCUGUUGUUCUGGUGUGAACCCCCUUACCGCAGCUCUUGUCUCUGCCAAACUCUCAAUGUAAGUUGGAAUAAAUGCAACAUGACAGUCA